AUGGCAAAUGAUGAAAUUCUAGCUUUGGAAAGAUAUAUUCUCUCCAGCGAUAAAUCAGCAGCGCUCAGUUCAUUCCCUCCUACAUCCACCUUAAAACAAUUUCUCUUUGCAAAUAGCUUAUUGAAGGAAGGUAAAUUCUGUUCUCCAGAAUUCCUGACUGAGUUAGAAGAAUUAAAGAAAAAAGAUGCUACAUUAUUCAAUAAACUCCAAUUGAGGAAAUUGAUAAAAGAACUAGAAACUACAAAUGAUGAAACCAAAACAACUGAGAUCCUUAAUCAUAUCAAUUAUAUGUAUUUUAAUUACAAUUUUGACUACCCUGCUCCUCAAUCAUCCGAGAUAGUUCAAGAAAAUGAGUACAGUUCGAGACUGAGUGACAAUUUAUUUCCAAAUAAUCUCCAUGAUGCUCAUACAUCAGUUGAGGCUUUCGAAUCCUUAACUGAAAACGGAAGAUUGAAGCUAAACCCAUUAGAAAUGAACAUAGAAAUUUUUAAAUCCUUCAUACACAUCAAAGACAUACAUUCAAUUCCUGGAAUUCCAGAAACUAUAGUUAAAUUUAUAAAAUCAAGCAACUUUUAUGACCCAGAAUGGUUUGAGUUGCUAAGCGCUAGCCAAUUAAGCGAGCUUAAAAAUCUAUAUAAGCCGCUGGGACAGAAAUCAGAACUGAUCAGAGCCUUGGUUAGCAAAAAAUAUUUGUAUCAUAUAGAUAAUAGUGAUGACAUUGGAAGCUAUGAAAUAUACCAAAAAGUGCUUCAUGAAAUUGAAGGUUUUCCAGAAAAUGCAAAUCCAUUGAGAUCUGUGAUUCUUUUGAAUCUUUUAAGCCUUGGAAGAAUCUUUAAUAAUUAUGAUGAAAAAAUUUUCAAAGAAUACUUGAAAAUCCACAGACCAGAAAAAAUUUACCGUGCAAAUUGUAAAGAAACAGAAAAGACAUGGAAAUAUUUUUCAAGAUUUUUGAGAAAGGAUUGUCCAGAUGAUGAUAGUGCGCUUGUUCAAGAAUAUUUGCAGGAUUAGGUUAGGUUAUUAAAAUCAGGCGCUAGCCAUAUUUGAUGACGCAGUCACCAAAGAUCUCAUAUAAGUGAGGUUCAUCAGCUUAUCGACUCCAGUCCAGAGAGUCUUUCCACCAAUAAUAGGUGCCCACUUCUAUACCUUCUGUCUUGCGGCAUCUUGAGUGGGCGUAUGGAUUUCUGCUCCUCUGUGGCUGGCGAUUUGGAGUCUGUAGGGUUUCGAAGUGCCUACCUUAGACAGCUACAGGAAAAAGACUGCUCCCCUGUGGCCUAGGCCAAAACCCCAGUUUCUCGGUAGAGGAAUGCCCAUGGGUCCUUGGAUCCAAAAGGACGUUUUUGAGCACCUCCAUUUCUAUCACAGGAAGGCAGUCAAAACCUACUUGGUUAUGCAUUGCCCCGAGGCUGCACUUGUUUCUCGACUCGGAGUCCGUCCCAGUUAGCCGUAGCCAUAAGGUCUGGACCGUUGCGCAAGAGGACAAGUUGACACGUGCCGCUAUUUUAAUGUAUUAUAGAAUAUUUGCAGGAAAUCCUAAAAGAUAAAGACAACGCAAAUGAGUAUGAACAAUUCUUUGAAGAAAAAUUUCUUCGAAAAGCAUUUGCUCGGAUCAAAAUCCAAAAUGGGAUUUGUCCUUCUCAAUUUGAAGACGUUUUUUUCGGAGCUCUUGCAAAAAUACAAAAGCAUAUACCUUUUGUAAAAAACUGCAUAAAAAAAUUUUUUUAAAAUUCGACUUUUGCAUUUUUGUGGUUUUGCAUCAUUUUUGCAAUUUAUCCCUUUUUUCUUAUAAAAAAAUUGAAGAUCUUGCAUCAAUUGUAGAGUUAGAGCCCAGCACAGAUAAUCCUUUUAGGUUUGAGAGAAAUCAACUAUGCCUAUCUAUAAUAUAUGAAAGCAUCUAUACAGGUAAGCUGCUAUUCAUAUUUUUAUAAGAGAUUAAAUAGCUUAACCUGUAAAAAUUAUUGUAAAUUGGUAUAGUAAAAUUUUCAAUUCACAUAAAAAAUAUUCAAAGGCUUCUUGUAAAAGUCUUAGAACUCAACACAAAAGCUUAUUACUUAAAAAAUGAUGCCGAGAUCACCACUGAUAUUAACUUAGAUGGUCUUGUAGCUAGUUACGAAAGAAUUUACGAAUACAACGAUUCUCCUUUGGUUAGAAUCAAAAGAACUUUUGAGUUUCCAGAGCUCACAGAUAAAGCUGGACUAUUUGUUAUGGAGCUAAUCGGAAAUGGUCGCCAUUGUAGAACUUUAAUAAAGAAAGGAUCAUUGAAGUUUGUGUCCAAAAUCACAUCUGUCGGACACAUAGUUCUUAUAUUAAAUGAGAGCAAUCAAAUUUGCAAAGGUCCAGGAGCAGGUUUAAUUCUUGAUGGAAGAUUUUAUUCAACAGAAAAUGAUCGAGGAACUGCUUUAAUUCCUUUCGCAAAUCAACAAACUACAAAAAAUAUCAUUUUAACUGAUGGUAUUAUCUCCUCUUUAGAAAGCGGAUUUACACAUUAUAGUGAAAACUACGAAUUAAAAACGGCAUUUUUAGUUCACGAAGAGCAGCUAUUGAUAGGGAAUAGAGCAACUAUAUCAAUUAAGCCCCGGCUAUAUGUCUGUGGUACUAAAGCUCCUGACUCAUUAUUAAAAGAAUGCAAAGCUGCUAUCACCACAACUGAUGCUGAUGGAAUCACUGCAAGCAGGAUUUACCCUGACCUUGCUAUUCCUUCAGGAAAUGACCUAAUUAAUCUUGAUAUUGAGGUCCCUCCAAGAUUAAAAUUUAUGAGAAUAUGAUUUUCAGGCGAAGUAGAAAAAUCGACAACAAAAGAAAAAACUCCAUUGAAUUCAUCUUAUAAAAUUUUGGUUAACAGCAAUUUAUCAAAUAGCGUUAUGUAUGGAGCUUAUUUAAGAUAUGGCCCUCAAGGUUAUCAGGUUGAGCUAAGAGGCAGAGGAGGUGAAAUUUUACCGAGACAAAGAAUUCAAGUUAGUCUUUCACAUGAAGAUUGGGGUAGGGAAAGCAAGGAAACGCUUAUGACUGAUGAAAAUGGGACAAUUUAUUUAGGGAUCUUAAAAAAUAUAGCUUCUCUGCGCGUUUUAGCAAGUGUAAAUCAGCAAGAUCAGCAGUUUGAAUGAAUUCUAAGUAACUUCAAAAGCAAAAUCCAAUACCCAUCGAUAUUAAAUUUAUGUGAAGGAGAUGAAUUUGGUUUUCCUGUUACUUUUGAGUAUGGAGUCAUUGACUUUCGAGAAUGUAACAUUGUGCUUGAGAAAAAUGGAAAAUUAAUUGACAAUUUUAAUGAUAAACUCUUUUAUGACCAUGAAGCAUCAAUGCUUUGGCUUAAAGGUCUUAAAGCAGGAGUCUAUCUAUUAAAGCUUGAUAAUCAAUACAUUUCAGUCUCGGUCAAAGAUGGGAUUCACUGAGGAGAAAAUCAGUUUAUUUUAUCUGAAGAUUAUGUGAUCCCUACAUCUAGUCAAUAUCGGCCUCUAGGUAUAAAAUCAGCUGAAAUUGAAGAAAAUAAAGUAAAAAUAGAACUUGCGGGGGAUUAUGACAAUGCAGUAAUUCAUAUUCUUUACUUUAAUUACUUAAGCACUCAAGUGCUUGAAGAAUUUUCUCAGCUCCAGUCUAUAUAUCUUGAGCAAAACCAAACAGCUUUUAAAUUUAGCAAAAAGCGUUCUUAUUAUUUGCCUAGCAGAAAACUAGAUCAAGAAUAUCAAUAUGUUUUGGAAAGAAAAUUUCUUGAAAGAAAUGCUGGGAAUAUACUCACCAAACCUCAGCUAUUGAAUAAAAGAUUAUUUUUGUAUGACACAACGACAGAGACACAGAGGGCACAAGAAGGAGAAAGAAUGAAAAAUCUGAACUUAGAUGACUGUGAAUAUGAUUUAUGUCGAAGUGUGGUCAACAUAAACCCACCCCUCCUACCCCUUACACCUGAAUUCCAAACUACCUAGUAUUAAUAAAUAAGAAUUAUAAGAGAUAUUGCAGUAUUUUCGCUUCUAAGCUAUUAAAACACAAUUUAUAGCAUAUUUCCACUUAUAUUAAUUAUUUAUUUCGUAUCUCUAAUAUAACAAAAUUUUUUAAACUAAUAAAUAAAGAGUUAAUAGAGAAUUACGCAGAAUAUCUCUCAAUUAUCACUUUUAAUUAUGAAUCGAGCUGAAUUCUGCUUUAAAAUUGAUAGACAUAAAUAAAUCAAUUCAAGCGUAAUUAUGUAUCAUAUACACAUGCAAUAUCUAGCAUUCAUUUCGCUAAAUUAAUGCAUUUUAACAGAUUGAAUAUGGUUAAAUAGCUUAUUUUAUAUAUAAAGCAUGGUAUAUCUCAUUUAAAUUUUAAAUACAAAAAUAUAGCUAAAUUUGCUAACCAUAUAAAAAUUUUGUAUAUAGUAGAGAUAUGAAAUAAAGUAUUAAAUAUAUAUGUAAACAUGCUAUAAACUGUGUUUUAAUAUCUUAAAAACGAAAAUACUGCAAUAUCUCUUAUAUUUCUUAUUAUCAAGACUAGGUAGUUUGGUAUUCAUGGCGGGGUUUAUGUUUAACCACAAGUGCCUGCCCAUGCCCAGCAGCUUUGGCCUCUCAUAUAGGUUCUGCUCAAAAUGGAAUGCUGGAUUUCUUGAAAAAUCCUGCAAAGUGGACUUAUGGCUUAAAUGCACAAGAAGGAAAAGCUGAUAUCACAUUAGAAAAAAAUCAAUUUUCACAUGCUUUAAUAAUAGCUACAAAUGGAGAAGGAUUGUCGAUAAAAAUUUUCAGUUUUACUGAUUCAAGCAUUAGCACAAGACAGCUUGGGCUGUCAAAAUCCCUUGAUAAAGAGAUUUCAUAUUCAGAACAAAUGAAAUCAAGGUGUGUUUUCGCAGGAGAAAAUUUCACGAUAAAUGACAUUUCAAGUUGUGAGAUAGUUGAUUCUAUCGACAAAUUGUAUAGGCUACAAAAAGAACUGAUAACAACAAAUAAAAUUAAAGCUAAUUACGAGCAAUGGGAGUUCUUAAUCCCUCUUCAUGAAUAAACAUUCCAUUAAAAAAAAUACCUUUAUUAAAAGAGUAAAUAUUAUUUAAUAUGUUUAUAAAAAUUAUUUUAGCAUGCAAUUAAUGACUAUGAUAAUAAAAUCUCUUAAUACCCUAUCCUCCCUUAGCGAACAAAAACCAUUGGAAAAAUCUUGGUAAAAAUUACCCUCUGUGAGCGAACAAAAAUGUUUUUAAAAUAAUAAUUUUUUAUGAAAAAAUAUUUAGAUAUAUAUAUUGAUAAUUAGUAUAAUGAAAUCUUUAGCUAAUUCUGUUUGAUUUUUAACACUUUACAUUUUAAAACAUAAAUUUUGCUAAUUAAAUUAGUUUUUACUUCUCAAUUUUUACGAAAAAGGGAUUUUUUAAAUUUCGAAAAAACAAAAUUUUCUGUAUAAUUGUUUUAAAAAAGCAUUAACCCAUCGUGAGCUAGCAAAAUUUUGGUUCGCUGACGGAGGGGGAGCUAGUAAUCCUAAGCAGCUUUCAAUUAAAGUACAAAUUGCAUGUUUACUUUAAAUUUGUCCAAAAUUUCAUUUUAAUUUUAAAAAUGUUAUUAGUAGUUCUCACUGUGAACGAAAAAUAUUUGGUCAUUCCACAAAUGGAGGAGCUAGGGAAAUGGCAUAGUUUAUCAAAUUCAAAGAGACUUGAAAAAUAUGAUAAAUAUAUGUCUCAUGAAUUGAAUUUAUUCUUGUAUAAAAAAGAUUACAAAUUCUUUGAAGAAGUAAUAAAGCCACUUUUGGCUUCAAAAAUGGAAAAAGAUAUUAUUGAUCUUUAUUUACUAUCCCAUCCUCUAGAUGACUAUAUGAGUUUGGAUAAGAUUUUAAAGUUAAAUAGCUUGGAAAAGAUUUUGCUUAUUGAAAGCAUGCUAGACAAAAACCCAGAAUUUUCAGUAGAGAUGUCAAAAAUAAUGAAAGAUGAAGCAGACUCAAUGAUGAGAAAUUAUCAAUUGAGAAAUAGGAGAAUAAAGACAGCCUUAAGCUUCAAUCUACUUACUCUUCUCUUUCUUAGCGAGAAACACAUUACAAGAAUCCCUAUUUUUGGGAAAUUAAUGCUGUUGGUUAUCAAGCAAAAGUUGUUUAUAUUAAAUAUUUAUAAUUUAAUAAUUCGAAGUAUAAUUAAUGAUUUUUAUUAUGAAAUAUUUCUAAUUAUAUUAAAAUUCAGACAGCUUACAUCCUUAAACAUAAAAUUAAAUUAGAUUUUCACUUUAAAAUAUCUAAAAUUUUGAUUUUUGACAAAUAAAAUUAACACUCUUGGCUAACAAGAAAGAUUAUUUUGCCAGUAAAUGUAUGAGGGGAGCUAGCGGAAAAAAUUCAUUUGCGCCUCAAGGAUCUUUUCAACAGCCAAUGGCUGAAAUGAGAGUCCAGCUAUUAUCUUCUUUGAAACCUUGCUCGUUAUUUUUGGGAGAAAGUAUUGACUUUCCUGCUCUUAAUCAGCAAUAUGAAAAAAUUAGCUUGGAAUGUUGUGACCAAGGGACAGAUUUUUUUUCUUGAGCAAUUAAAAGUGAAGAGACAGCAUGAUGGGGACUAAAAGAAGAAAUAGCGCCUACUUACUAUCAAAAACUAGACUCUACUAACUCCCCCUCUGUGCAUGAAAAAAUUUUUGUUCAUAGGAGUUAACUUUUGUUAAAAAAUUAUAUAAAUUUUAUAGUAAUUUUUUUUUCAAAAUGUAAUAAAUCACAAUUCGAAAAUUUUAAAGUAAAGUUUAAGUUUUAAAAUGUAAGUUGUUAAAAAAUUAAACAGAAUUAGCUAAAAAAGUUAUCACUUAUAUAUCAAAAUAUUUUUUCAUAGAAAAUUUUUUUUCGUUUACAGAGGGUGGGUUUUUAACCCAAAAAAUAGGGACUUUUCUAAUGGUUUUGCCAACUCGCGAAGGGGGUAAAGAAUUUGCAGAAACUUUUUAUUAUGAUAUUAAAGAUCCUAACCAAAAUACCAAUUUAGUGCCAAAUAGAAGGUUUUGGUCGGAAUUAGCGAGCGCAGUAGUUAAUAGAUCGUCUUUAAUUUUAUCAGAAGAUAUAUUAGAGACAACAGGCUCUCUCACAGAGCUUAUAUGCUCAUUAGCAUUUUCGGAUCUUCCAUUUAUCGCCGAGAAGCACGAUUAUUUGCUUGAAGGAAGAUCAAUCACUUACACAGCUAGAAGCAACUUCAUUGCUUUUUAUAAGGAAUUAGCUGAGACUCCCUCAGAAAUUAAUUCUCAAGUACUUGUAGCUCAACGUUAUUUCGACCCCGAUGAUAGAUAUAUUCAGGAUCAAGAUGGGAAUAAAGAAAAAUCAAUAACUCAAUUCAUAAAGCAGAAAAUUUAUACUUGUCAAGUGGUCAUAACAAAUACAGCAGGAUCUCAAAUUACAGUCAGUCUUCUGACAGAAGUUCCUCAAGGAAGUAUUCCUAUACUCCCUCCCAAGUAUACAUUGAAUUCUAUAAUGACACUUGCUAAUUUCCAUACCAAAACCUUUGAAUAUCAAUUUUAUUUCCCUAACGCUGGAGUUUAUUCUCAUUAUCCAGUCACUAUCACAUACAAUGGGAAAGUCAUUGCAAAGGCAAAUUCAAAUGAUCUUGAAGUAAGUGACACUGCAAAAGUGGUUAAAUUAGAAACCUUUAAAGACUUAGUCUUAAGUGGAAGAAAAGAUUUGGUAUUAGAGUUUCUUGCCAAUGAGAAUUUAUAUUCCACGAAUAAAGAAUUUAAUGUCAAUUACUUUUGCUGGAUGAUGAAAGAUAAAGAGUUCUGGCAAAAAGUUAUGCAAAUUAUGAAGCAGAGAAACUACUUUUUCGACAAAAUUUGGAGCUUUGCGUUUCUCCAUAAAGAUUUUGUGGUCUUAAAAGAAAUUUUCACCACCAAUCGUAGCUUCAUGUACGCUCUUGGAGAGUUCUUUAGUUCAGAAUUAUUGUCAACAGGUAAAGGCGAACAUCGGCAUUUAGAAUUUGAUCCUUUAGUAAAUGAAAGAACUCAUAGACUCGGCAAUCGCCAAAGAAUAACGAACAUACGCUUCGAAAUAGUUUAUUCUGACUUUUUAAAAUAUUUAUCAGAAAAAGAAAGACUCGAUGUGGAAGAUCAGCUAGCUCUUACCCAGUACUAUAUCCUUCAAGAUAGGUAUCAAGAAGCCAAUGAAAUCUACAAAGCAAUCCCAUUAAUGCCAUCACAAGAAAAGCCAGGAUCUUCUUACCUUCAAAUUCAAUAUGACUAUCUUUCAUGCUAUCUUGAUAUUAAUUUGGCAUCUGCCAUUUCAGCUUUAUACGAAAAUUACCCAGUCUUUUCUUAAACUGGUCUAGGCAUUACCUAUAGAUGAUGCUGCUUUUCCCUUUUUCCCUUAAUGUAAAAUCCACCCCCGAAAGGAGACUCUGUAAAUUGCCAGAAUAGCUUAAUUAGCAUAGCUGUCCAUUUAUGGGUUUGCAAAAACCUUUCAGGAUAUCAGUAAACAUAUGCUCAAGGCUGCAUUGCGGGAGUCAAUUCCAGACGAGAAACCAUAUUUAUUUAUGAGAAUUACUCAGUCAAUACAUGGAAAAAAAUGUUUAGUGAAGUCGCAAAGUUAGUCAGAGAAAUAAAUGCGCAAGAUAUUCCACUGGGGCAAGCAGAAGCUAAAGAUAGCGAGCCAAGCUUAAUGUUCACAAUAGAAAGAAAUGAAAUAAAGUUUUACUAUCAGAAUGUGAGGAGCUGCAUAGUUAAGCUCUAUAGGGUUGAUUUAGAAGUUCUAUUUUCAAAAACUCCGUUUUUAAUUGGAAACACACAAAAUUUUGGAUUUGUCAAGCCAAACUAUGAAUUCGAAAUAGAACUGCCUGAAAACGGUGCAAGAACUGCAAGAAUUCCUGAAGAAUUUGAAGGUCAGAAUAUUAUUGUGGAGGUUGAUUAUGGGAUUUAUACCAUCUCCAAGUCAUAUUUCGCAACAAGUUUGAAGAUAAAUGUAAUCGAAAGAUAUGGAAUCAUCAAAGUUAUGAAUGGAGACUUGACUCCAAGACCAUCUGCAUAUAUAAAAGCAUUUGUACAAAGAAAAAAUGGAAGUGUAGAGUUUUACAAAGAUGGAUAUACAGACAUAAGAGGAAAUUUUGAUUAUGCGGCGUUGAACACAGACCAGCUGUCAUCAGUUCACAAAUUUGCAUUACUUGUCGUUGAUGAUGAGUUAGGCUCACUGAUUUAUGAAGUAAAUCCGCCACCUCAAUAA